UCUUGAAAGCGACGGCCCGCUCUCGUCCCUCUUGGGUGUGGCAGAGUAUUCUAUUUGGGCGUCAGUUACUAGAGAAGGGAUUGAGGUGGCAAAUUGGUAAUGGGAAAUCUGCCUCUUUGCUGCACUCCAAUUGGAUCCCGCAACUACAGCUUGAUCCUCCGGUGGUUAAUCCUAUGAUCAUUCCGGAGGGUGGUGAUCCACUUGUGGCUGAUCUAAUUUGUUAGGGGGAGGGGCGGUGGAAUGACCAAAAGCUGAGUCAGUGGUUUGAUCCUCCCUCUUGUCGGGCCAUAAAGGCGAUCCCUCUUCCUCGUCAGAAUAUGGAGGACAAGUUAAUUUGGCAUGAUACGACGGAUGGGGUAUUCUCUGUCAAAUCGGCCUGCCAUCUAGCAGUUGCUUUAGACAAGCGGGGAGAUGGCUGGAAGGCCACGGUUAGUUGGAUGGAUAAGGCGAGCUAGAUCCGUUUAUGGGAAGCAAACAUCCCUCCAAAGCUAAAGGUUUUUGUCUGGCAGAUUCUUAAUCGCAUCCUGCCAACUACUGAAGCCCUUAUUAGUAAGCAAGUACCUGUGCUCCCUCGAUGCCCGGUUUGCUGGGAGAGUCUGGAGACAAUGGAACAUCUAUUUCUGUACUGCCCAGUGGCGCGAGCUCUGUGGGACUACUCAGGACUGGAGUAUGUAGGGAAGGGGUUGCCUCGGCACAAAUUCCCAUUGUUUCUCAAGAAACUCUUGGCCUUGGUUCACCAACCCCAGUUGUUCAUGGCGGUGGUUGCUGUCCUUUGGCGAAUUUGGUGUUCCCGUAACUGGGUGGUUUUUGAGGGAAAGCAGUUUGGGUUCCCUGCCUUGAUGUGUCAAUUUCAUCAGCAGUAUGAGGAAUGGGUUGGACUUCCGGUGGAAAAGGCGCCUCAGCCCUCGGUACUUUUGGGGGACAAUAUGGGGCUGGACGUGCCUAGGGGGGUUGUAUGUAUGUGGGGUGGGGCGGUUCGGCCAGGUUCGCAUUUGGCUGGUGGAAUUGUUCUGUUAUCCACUGAUAGAGAGCUACUGCUGGUUAAGGGCGUCCAGUUUCAUCUUUUGGAAGAUCCGAUGGCAGUGGAGUUACUGGUUCUUAGGGAGGCAUUUUUAUGGUGUCUGGGUAAUGGCUUCACCAAUGUCCAAUUUGAAGGUGAUGCGAAGGUGAUCAUUGAUAAAAUCAAUCAAGGGGAGGCCAGAGAUAAUCGGGUGGGUGAUGUUCUGGAAGAGGUCCUGCAUUAUUUUCGCAUCCAUACUGGUUUGAGGAUUCGAUUUGUAGGUCGGCGUAGUAAUAGGGUAGCCCAUCUGGUGGCUAGGAAAGCCCUCUCUUUGAACCCGAUCAUGAGUCGUUUCUUUGAUUAUCAGGCCUGGCUGAAUUCCAGGAAGUAAUUAUCUUUUUUCACAUCAAUAUAAGAUUAUCUUUUGU